GACCUGUUCCCGAAGAUAUCCGACGACUUCGCGCGGCGCACGGCGACGGGCGGCGCGAUCGCGACGAUCGGGCUGGCGCUCAUGGUGAUUUUGUUUCUUCAGCAGACGGCGGAACUGAUGCGAACGACGACGGCGUACGACCUGCGCGUGGACGACGGCGUCGCGGGAGCGACGAAGAAGAUCGUGAUCAACGUGGACCUGACGCUGCGGGCGAUGCACUGCGCGCAGGUGAGCCUGGACGCGAUGGACGUGACGGGGGAGACGCGGCUGGACGUGUCGAGGAGCGAGGUGCGGACGACGCGAGUGGACGCGCGAGGGCGGGCGAUCGCGAUGACGAGCGAACGGACGGCGGUGAACGCGAAAACGGAGGCGGGGGAGCGCGAGAGGGAAGCGACGGGAGGGAGGUCGGCGUGCGGGGAUUGUUACGGCGCGGCGGAGGCGGGGACGUGCUGCGACGACUGCGACUCUGUGCGAGAGGCGUAUCGCGUCAAGGGAUGGGCGCUGCCGGAUCUGCGACGGGUGACGCAGUGCACGAAGGAGUACGAUGUGGUGGCGAUGCGCAACGAACACAAGGAGGGGUGCCACUUUUCGGGACACUUUGAGGUGAACAAGGUGGCGGGGAACUUUCACAUCGCGCCGGGGAAGAGUUAUAACAAUCUGGGACAGCACGUGCACGAUUUAUCCCCGUUCGCGGGCGUGGAGAGCUUCAAUUUUUCGCACAUCAUUCAUAAGUUGUCGUUCGGGGAAGAAUUUCCGGGCGUGGUGAACCCGCUGGACGGCGUGACGAGGACGAUGGACGACGCGAACGCCGGCGUGUAUCAGUACCGACUCUCCGUCGUCCCGGCGCGUUACAAGUACCUAGGCUUUCGCGCGCGCGUGGUGGAGAGUAACGAUUACUCUGUCACCGAUCAUUUUCGUGGUUUUGACGUGACGAAGAAUCCAGGUCUGCCAGGCCUCUUCUUCUUUUACGAUUUGUCGCCGUUGCGCGUCGAGUACGAGGAACGUCGAAUCGGAUUUUUUCAAUAUCUGUCAAACGUCGCGGCCAUCAUAGGCGGCGUGAGCGCGGUGGUGAACAUCGUAGACGGCUUGGUGUAUCGCGGCCAGCGCGCGUUGCGAGAAAAGGUCGAUUUAGGGAAG